AUGCAGCAUUUGGGACGGCGUAUUUCCCUGCAGCGGGCAAUGUUGUGCCCGUUUCUCGUGACGAGUCGACGCACCUUCUCAGUGGCGGGGGGAGAUGGUGUCGUUGGUGGUGAGCCCCAAAACUACUUUGAGUAUCUGGACCGUUUCUGGAACCGUCAGUGGUUUGGGGCAACGGAGAAUUUAUUGCCGCUACCAGAUGCCUCGCCAUUUGCGGAUCUCUUUGUCACCUGUCAGGAGACGUUGGGGCUUGAGCCGGCGAUUGCCAUCCUUUUGUUUGGGGCUCUCAGUCGACUCUGUACGCUUUGCUUUUCGCUUUACGGGGAGCGUGCGUCGGAAAGAAUGCGGAAUGCGAUGCGGCGGCUGAAGGCCCCGCAUGAAGCGUUUCAGCGUGUGUAUUAUCGCGAGGGAUCGGCAGCACUGGAUAUUCAGCUUGCCGCCACUACCCUCAAGGGAGAGCGCCGACGCGUCUUUUUGGAGGAAAAAACGUCGAAUCUGCAGUGUUUUUCAUCGUUACUAGGAACACCGGUGGUGUUUUUUGGCAUCGUUCAAACGACGGCCAUGUGUGGGGAUCCACGACUUGAUUUCGGGACUUCUUCCUUCUUAUGGUGCCCAGCACUUACAAUGCCGGAUCCGUAUGGGGUUCUUCCGUUAGUCUUCUGCGUCUUGACUCUGAUGAACUUUGAGUUGUCUAUUAGCAAAGAACUCAAAAAAGGAUGGAUGUCAAAUCUUAUUUGGGGAGGUCGACUCGCUUGUUUUUGUAUCCUUCCCGCUGUGGCGCAAAUUCGCGCGGGAGUGGCUCUGUAUUUUCUUGGGAUGAGUUUAGUCGGUUUGAUCCAGCCUUUGCUCUUGCGCUCCAGCAAAUUCCGCACGUGGUUCAACUUUCCACUUCAACAGCCAGAGCUGGAUAAUGCGAAGACGGCUGAAAAAGUUGAUGACCUUCAUGCACGGAUGUGUGUGCAGUUUCCGUACCUAACUCAUCUGUUUAGUCCGGAGUCUGAGGAGAAUACCGGCCUUCUUAGGGACACAGGGGCAACGUCGCCAAACUCGUCUCACAGUCGUUGCACCGCUGGCGUCUCCACAAGGGGCAUGAACCCCAUCAUGCGAGGAGAAACCGCGCGUCCGAUGGGUAGGUGGUCUUCUAUUUCCUCUUCUGCGGGAGCAGUAAAGCCGGCGACAUUGCCAUCGAGAAGGGGAGCCAACUUUGCAGCAGGUGGAUGGAAGGCAACGCAGACAGAAUUUUGCGAAGAGGACUUCAUUCCUGAGGUUGCGGGUGUUGGCAGGAAUAGUGGCAAGGAGAAGCAAUGA